AUGUCGAACGGCACAAGGCUCGCCUUGUUGCUAAAGGGUACAACCAAACUGAAGUUUGGUUUUUGUCAAUCUAAAUCUGAUUAUUCCUUGUUUACUGGCUCUACUCCUGCUGGUUUUACUGUCAUUCUUAUUUAUGUUGACGAUCUUCUAAUUGCUGGAAACAAUUUGAAUGACAUUGAAUCUAUUAAAUCUUCUUUGCAAUAUGUCUUUAGCAUUAAAGAUCUCGGUGUGUUGAAAUAUUUUCUUGGUUUUGAAAUAGCUCACAAUACCAAUGGUAUUUCCUUAUGUCAAAGGAAGUACUCUUUCGAUCUCCUUGAAGAAACUGGGUUGCUUGGUUCAAAACCAUGUUCCACACCAAUGGAUGCUAAUUUAAAAUUGUCUAUUUCAACUAGCCAGCCUCUUUCUAAUGCCACUGUUUUUAGAAAA